AAAAAAAAAAGCCCUAGAGCUGAGAUAGAGCUCAUCAGUAACCCGCGAGCACCAGAGCCCUAUUUCAGGCCACUCUGCAAGCCAAGCUCCUCCAUGUAAUGGGUUCUUAAGGGGGCCAGCUUACGGGCUAGGCGUCUCUACGACCUGAUAACUACUAUCGCCUUCCGCGUGCAGCUCUCUCUGCAGGCCCUUUCUUUUGCUGCAACAUUUAAUAAGGGGAAACAUCAUUUUAGGUGGUGGUGCAAGUGCAAGGGCACUAAUGUUCAGAAGCAACAAUAUCGUUGCCAGGAUUUUCGAGCGCCAAAUUCGCACUCCUCCACCUGGCACCAGUGUCCAUUGUGCUAGACGGUUUUAUGAGAACUUGGUUCCUAGCUAUACCAUAUAUGAUGUUGAGUGCCCAGAUCACUUGUUUCGCAAAUUCACUGAUGAUGGCCAAUACCUCAUAUGUUUCAGUAGAAAUCAUCAGGAAUUGAUUGUGUAUAGACCAACGUGGCUUUCAUUUUCGUGCACGGAAGAAGAUUGUGAUGUUCAUGAUCUUCCCCCUAAAGCAAAGAAGUUUGAUAGCUUUUUUACCCAGCUCUACUGCGUAUCACUUGCUUCCAGCAAUGAGCUUAUAUGUAAGGACUUCUUCCUUUACAUGGAGAGUAACCGAUUUGGACUCUUUGCUACUUCUACCGCACAAAUUCACGAUGCACCUGCUGUUGGUGGCGCCAUUCAAGGAGUUCCAUCAAUAGAAAAGAUAACGUUUCAUCUCUUGAGACUAGAAGAUGGCGUUGUACUUGAUGAGAAGGUUUUCAACGAUGAUUUUGUCAAUUUAGCCCAUAAUAUGGGUGUCUUCUUGUAUGAUGAUCUUCUGGCAAUUGUGUCACUUCGAUAUCAAACAGUACAUAUUCUUCAAAUUCGGGACUCUGGGAACCUGGUUGAUGUACGAGCAAUUGGGGCCUUUUGCCGUGAAGAUGAUGAACUUUUUCUCAAUUCAAAUGCUCCGUCUAUGGGUAUUCGCGACAAAAGUAAGCAACAUCAGCUGACCGAGAACCAUGUCGAGAAUGGCUUACAACAGAGUCGGCUUAGUCCAGAAAAUGCUUUUGUUAGUGGCAUUAAGCAGCGUUUGCUUUCGUUUAUAUUUCGAGGAAUAUGGAAUGAAGAAACAAAUCAUACUUUGAGGGUUCAGUACUUGAAGAAGAAGUUUUAUUUCCAUUUUCAAGAUUAUAUCGACUUAAUUAUCUGGAAGGUACAAUUCUUGGACCGGCACCACCUGCUAAUCAAGUUCGGCAGUGUAGAUGGAGCAGUAUCACGAACUACGGAUCACCACCCAGCCUUUUUUGCUGUAUAUAACAUGGAGACAACAGAUAUUGUAGCUUUCUAUCAGAACAAUGCAGAUGAGCUAUACCUCUUGUUUGAGCAUUUUUGUGACCACUUCCACACGACAUCGAAAAACUCAUUAUAUAUGAAUUUUAUAUCAUCUCACUCGAAUAAUAUUCACACUAGGGAGCAACUGAGAUCACUUAGAAAUAAAGCAACUAGUUCUUCACAGUUCGUGAAGAAGAUGCUGGCCUCCUUGCCUAUUAAUUCUCAGGCGCUGAGCCCUUCGCCUUAUUUUGACCAAUCUCUCUAUCGGUUUGAUGAAAAGCUGAUUUCUGCGGCUGACCGGCAUAGGCAGUCAACGGAUCAUCCCAUAAAGUUCAUCUUAAGAAGACCGCCGCAGACCCUCAGAUUUAAAAUCAAACCAGGCCCGGAAGGUGGAAACAUCGACAAUAGAACCAAAAAGAUAUCAUCAUUCCUGUUCCAUCCAUUUCUGCCAUUUGCUCUCUCCAUUCAGCAGACUCUGUUCUUGCAGCCCUCGGCUGUGAAUGUUCAUUUCCGGAGAUGAAACUGCUCCCUUCUCUUACUGGCUUCCUUCUUCAUAUGUUUACCGAUGUAGGCAGCCGUUCAUCCUACCAAGAUUGUAGUUAAAAUCUGAGAAACUUGUAUCUAAUUAUCUCACGGUAUUUGAUCUGUAAAAUAAAUGUAUAUUUCUUUUUAUUGAGCAUACACAUAGGAAAGUUCACUCUGAUUGUAACUUUGCAAUGAUUGUGUACGUCUAGUUUGUUGUGAUGCAUUAACUUUCGUUUAUUGUUGUUGUUUCUUUCAUUUCUGUAAAUUCCACCAAACCAUAUUUUGUAUAGAUUU